GAAUGAGUUUUUUAUUUUUCCUUCUUUUUCCCUCCCCCUCCCCACGCGAAUUUACUUACAACAUAUUUAUUAUUCAUAAUGUCUGCCGACAACUCUUUCAACGAACAGCAGAAGCAGCAUAUUCUUGACAAUUUCAUUGCGCAAGCCGGGCUUCAAAGCAUUGCCGACGCAACCAAGGGCCACAAAACCAUCGCCACGCGAGCCUUCAAGCGCGGCGACACCAUACUCUCCAUCCACCCGCUAUUUAGCCUCCCGGUGCGCAAAAACGAAGACCACGAUGAUGACACAUCGUCAGACCAACAAAACAAGCAGCAGCAAGAGACUCAGCCGCAGGAUCGCUGUACACAUUGCUUCAAAACACUGCCGCCUAAACGCCGGCCACGGUGCAGCCAAUGCCACACGGCCUUGUAUUGUUCCACGCGGUGCUUGACUGACCACUGGAAUGCACGGCAUUAUUUUGAGUGCGACCCGAAAAAUGCCGAGAACGAGGGGGCUUUGGAAAAGGCAGAGGCGAAGAUCAAGCCUGUGUACAGGCCGUAUUUGCGCAUGGCCGCAGGAGUCACCCAGGUGCUGCAAAAUAUAAAGAAGCAGCAGCAGCAGCAGCAGGUACCAGAGUGGCUUCGGGUGCAGGCGUUGGCGUGGGACCGGCUGAUAAGCCACCGAUCGGAGCACCCAAAGUAUUUGCUCAAGCAGUACGCCGAAAUCGCCAACCUCGUUCCCCAAACACCCGGCUCCUUGGUUUCCCUGGACCCGGUGGACGCGCUGUGUCGCUUUGGCUGCAACAACUUUGCGGCGUUCGAUGAUUCCGGCGACCAGAAUCUGCUGCAGAGCACCGGGCACUUAUGCAGCCCCCUCGUGUCCCUGCUUUUGAACCACGCGUGCCUGCCCAAUGCCUCCUUUGUGUACUCUGCGGGCGGCCGCCAAGUGGUGCGCGCCCUAAGGGAUAUAGCCGAGGGCGACGAAGUCACUUUGGCGUAUAUCGAUGGGCUCAAGCCAAGAUCGGAGAGGAGAAAGACGCUGGAGGCUGUGUAUUUCUUCACGUGCCAUUGCGAGAGGUGCGAGCUGUGUGGUUCGCCCAGAGCCCGCAUGGACGCCCUAAUGGACCGCUCCCCCCAGUCAGAUAGCGCGGCACAUGCGAUUCCGCACAAUCUGCCGACCGAUUACGCGCAGCCGCCCUGCGCGGACCUCUGGGUGACAGAGGUGACUCAUGCUCUGCUCACCUUGCUGGCCAGCCGGUCGCGCCACACGCACGAGGCGAAACUCGAAACUCAAAUGAUCGAUUCUGUCGAGUCACUCGACCAACGCGAUCUAUCGUUUGCUGCAUACCGACACUGGCUCGAGUGCCAAGACGAGUGCCUCGAGCGGAUCUCUACUGGUUCGGCCGAUGAGGACGCGCACUGGCAUUGGUCGUAUGUGUCUGCACUGCAUGUUUUGGCAUUUUAUGCUUUGGUGUAUCCGCCCUUUCACCCGCUGGUCGGUAGGCAGUGCCUGUUGGUUGCGCAGCUGGCGUGGAACUCGCUGCAGGGCUCGGACUCGCACAAGGUGAAUGAGAAGCUGGGGCUGUCGGAGGGACUGGUGAGGAAUCUGGCGAUGGCGGCGCAGAACGUCUUGGAAGCCUCGGGCGAUUUGGAGGAGGUCAUGGGCGGGGCCUCGGCUACGGAGAAGAAGAUUGCACUGCUGCUGAGCCAGAUCGAGUAUGCUUGAAGAAGUACGUGGUGGUGAUUUAUUAAUCAAUCAAAUCCCCAUUUAGCAUUGCAUUUGCAUAUAAGGACAUUGUCCACGUGGUGAGUGGCACACCUUGGGCAACCAACAUACGCAUGCGAAUUGACUGAAAAAUGGAGGUUUUUCGUCUUUAUCAUUGUUAAAUUGGUGCUUGUCGCUCGCUUUUUUU